GAACCUCUGCAACAAGCGAGGCGACAAAAACAGAGCCUUACGAGCCACUAAAUGAGCCACCCUGUUACUAACACGACCUAUGAAUAACAAAUUUACACCAAAUGAGACCUUACUAAACCAUCAAUCUCUUGGAGAAUUACCCCUGCCCGAACAUGAGAAAGAUCGUGACUGCACAACGAUCAAUCACCACUUUAGCAUCCCUGAACCAGCAAGGAACUGUGGGCUGAAACAUUUGUCAAGUUUAAAAGGCCGAACAUUUUUAUCUUUCUCUUCUCCCGAUCGUAUUUCGGACUGGACGGGCGGCAUAUUUUAAAUCUUUUUCACUGCAUGUGGCCCAUUUUCAAUAUGGUUGGGCCCUUGGACCUACGUUAAAGCCAGCCCAACCCAUGAAUGCCAGCCAGCCAUGUCCACCAUGGACCAAAAAAAAAAAAAAAAAAAAAGCUAAAUUAGCCGCCACAGUAGUCUCUAAGAUUUUGUUGUUUUGUUCUCAGAGAGUUUGAAUUUACACGUAACAAAAUUCCUAAGCAAAUAAGAAACAAGACAACAGAUUCAUUCAUGCAUGCAUGCACGUAUCUUCUACAGCCUUCAUAUAGUAGGUGUUCACGUAAUUAAGCCAGGAGUAGCUGGAGGUUUCCUACGAGAAGAUUGCAACUUUCAAUGGUCGGAAAACAAACAAAACCAAACGUCAAGUUGAUUGUUCUGUGAUUCAGGAGGGUGGAAAGAUUUGUACUUUUGUUUAGAUUCACAACGAUGGGAUCAAACUGCUAAUUACCUACUACAAUUCGAAAGUCCUGAGCAAAGCUAGAGUUCCUUCGAGAAGACUACCACUUCUUCAAUGGCGGAAAACAGACAAAACCAUAUAUCAAGCCGAUCGUUUUGUGGAUUGAGGGAAAAAAGGGUUUUGUACGUUUGUUCAGAUUUACAACGUUGGAUCAAACAGCUUAUCUUCAUUCAACCCUUUGUGCAAAAAACAGUACUUAACGUACCGUAAUCAAACAUGACUUCCCAUACUUCAUUGUCUUUUCUAGCUACCAUUAGUAUAUAUACGUGAACGAGAAACCCCACUAAGAAAAAGCAUGCAUGCAGCUAAAACUCCACCUGUAUCUCCCUCUUCUCUCAAACCCUAGCAGCAGCCACUUCCUCUCCCGUGUGUCAUCUUCUUUCUUCAUAGCUCCCUCUUCUCUCAAACCCCAGCGCGCAGCAGCUGAAUUCCUCCCUUCGCAAAAUAUUAUCAACCAGACACUAAACUCUAGACCCUUAACCCUAAAUAUCUUCACGUACCCCUCGCCGCAAAAUAUAUCAACCACACACACCUUCUGAUUCCGCGCGUCGACGACAACUAGGCAGAAAGGAUGGUGAAACCGGAGGUGCUAUCAACAAUCGCCGCACUUUCCUUCCUGAUUUUGGGAUACGAUUUUGCGACGAAUCGGUACGGGUGGACGCUGCUGGCGGAGAACACGGGGGCGGGACCUAGCGGCUUUACCAUACUGGUGGUGGUACAACAUGUCGCCGCCAUUGUGAGCGCGGCGGCGGCGGGGAUGGCCGCCGACUUUUUCGGCCGGAAGUACCCUCUUGUGGCGGCGGGGGCGCUUUUUUUUGUCGGCAACGUGUUCAAGUGCGGCGCCACGUCGUCGUACGGACUUCUGGUGGCCGGACAGCUGUUCGCGGGCCUGGGCGCCGGAGUCGCGCUCACGGUCGCUCCAAUGUACAUCGCCGAGCAGGCACCGGCGGCCCGUCGGGGACAGUACACGUCACUGCCGGAGAUGUGGCAAAACAUCGGAGUUCUAGUGGGCUACCUGAUCCAGAACAAACUCGCACCGUUGCCGGACCACAUCGCACAGAGAUGGAUGUUCGCGAUUCCCAUCGUGCCAUCCAUUCUGCUAACGAUAGGAAUGGUGUUGAUGCCUGAAUCCCCGCACUGGCUCAUCAUAGCCAGGAUGAGGGUGGACGAGGCGAAGCAGAUCAUGGAAAGCGGCGAGAAAAGCCCGGAGGAGAUCGACCGCAUAGCGUUUCAGAUGGAACUCCUAGCGGACCACAUACCUUCGUUGCGCUUCAUGUGGAAGGACUUUGUGCGACCUCCUCUGCGGCGUCUCGCCAUCUCCGUCGCGCUCGUGCAGGCGCUUCGACACCUCGGGGUUGACACCUACCUCAAACUGGAGACUCUGGUGACUUUGUACGAGGUGGAGGAGAAGCUGCUGGCCAAGGCGAAUGGGACGGUCCUGCUGGUGAAGGCAAUCUGCGCCUUGGUCUCCGGUCGCUUGGCGGACAUAACCGGGAGACCGUUCUUGCUGCUGGCCGGCACUGAGCUCACCGUUUUGUGCCUGCUCGUGUUCGGGUUCCCGUUGAUCCACUUCCACAAUGGCUCCCCUCACAAAGUCUACGCCGGAAGCAACAAAACCCUCAGCCUGGCUGCAUUCAACGGGAUCAUGGGCACGUUCCAGCUCGGGCUGGGGCCCAUGACGUGGGUCUAUACGACGGAGGCUUUCCUGUACCGGGCCCGAGCACAAGGGGUCAGCUUCGGAGUCGUCGUGGGUCAGAUCGUAGAAGUAGUAAUGUUUGUGGUUUUGGGCUUUUUGUUUGGGUUGCUCGGCAUUGGUGGCGUGUUUGUUUUACUAGCCGGCGUAAUGGCUGUUGGAGUCGUGUUGUGUUGGCGGUUAGUCAAGGACAGAGUUGGGGAUAUUCUUGUGUGAUGAUUUUAUCUUAUAGUUAAUAAGUGAUAUUUUUCAAUCUUGUCUUCUUCUUUUUUACAAUAUGUGAUUUCCAUUUCAUCAACGAAAAAGUACAAGCAAAGCCACAUUAUAACAUCGGAUCAAUAAUAUUAAACACUUGGAUCCAAUCUUGGGGGAGAGAUCCGUUUGCCGCUUCUUUUGCCACCCAAUCUGCACUUCUGUUACAAGAUCUUGGGGUAAAGCAGAUAGAUAAUCCGACUUUCACUCUGAGCAGAUUGCGUAUCCACUGAAUCCAAGCUCUCACUUGCCAAGGACCUACUUUAUGCUGAUCUUGAAUGAUAUCCACAAGCACCUUGCAGUCCGAGAAGAUAGAGGCUGAACCGUGGAGGGAGACUGCUGCUCUCACCGCCGUCAAUAGAGCUUUUGCUUCCGCAACUAUCGCUGAUGAACAGAAGAAAGUGCCAACACAACCAUCCACAACUUGCCCAUGGGAGUUCUUAAUGAUGUCCCCAUAAGCCACCACCUGUGAUUCCGAUCUAAAAGAUCCAUCACCGUGAAUUUCCCACUAGGAAGAACUAGGCGGUGGGCGAAGUGUGUUAUGGUUAGAGAGGUGUUGGGCUUGGACACCGGGGGGGGGGGGGGGGGGGGGGGGGGGGGGGGGGGGUAGGAAGCUGAAAGGGAGUCGUCCAGAAAGAGAAAUCUCUAACUGCAUUUGCUGAAGUCACUGUAGGACGGGGGAUGACACCUUUGAAGACUCUCUCGUUCCGGGCCAACCAGAUUGCCCAAAGGCAAGCCACGACCCCAGGUAUAGAGACCGUAGGGGAACCAACACAGAUAGACAACAACCACAUAACAACAUGCGGCUGGUCCUGGGGCAAAGAGAGCGAAGGCUGAAGGAUCUGCCAAACUCUAGCAGCGUGAGGACACCGGAAGAAGCAGUGCCACACAUCCUCCACAUCCCCUUCACAGACAUCGUAAAGCGGGGAUGAACUACAUUUUCUAUGCCAUAGAUUCCCCUUCGUAUCAAUCGCAUUCCUCGAUAUCCUCCACAGAAAAGAGAGGAUCUUUGGAGGCAAAAAAAGACUCCAAAGCCAUUUCCAAGCUUUUGAGGUGCAGUUAGGAUGAUUCGGAUUUGGGGUCCCCAGCCGAUCUCUUUCUGACUCCCUGAAAAUAUGGUAAGCUGAUUUCACUGAAAACAACCCUGAUCUCUAAAAAUGCCAAACCCAGUCAUCAUCAGAAGAAUCCGUGCCAAUUGGGAUUCUCCUACCUUUCUCAGCCUCCAUAAAAUCACCAUAAGGAAAAUAGAGACCCUUAAGAAGCUUGAUCCAUGUCUCUUCCUUCCCAUUAAGAAUUUUCCAUCCUUGUUUCACCAAUAGGGCCAUAUUGAAUUGAUGGAAGUCCUUAAACCCCAUACCUCCUUCCUGCUUAGGAGCCGUUAAAACGCUCCCUUUUCUCCAUGGGAUUGCCUUCUUUUCCAUGUCCCCUCCCCAGAAGAAAGCAUUGAGGCGUGAAUUCAUCUUCUUAGUCGUCCCUUUUGGAAGGAGGAAGCAGGACAUAAUAUAUGUGGGGUAACCCU